AACACGGCGUUGUCUGCUCAGGAUGUGAAAUCCGUGGUCUGUGGAUGAAGUUUGUUUUGGGACAGUUGUGUCCAACACAGGCCAGUGAGACUGAGUGGCAUUUAGCUUAAAGCUGUGUUGAUUAUAAAUAUCUGUGAGCAGCCACAUAGGAAUUUGGAGCUCAGUUCAGCUCACCAUGGUCAGUUGUUCUUAAAUCACCAUAGAAAGUAUUGGGUGGGGUUUUAUCGAUUAUAUCAUAAUAGAUAAAAGGAGUUAAAGCUGCAUCUUCCCUCUCUGUUUUAGGGGAUGGACUUACCCAUGACAUGUGGUUAUCUCAUUUAGUCUCAGAUUUUGUUUUUAAAAGCUUGCUACAGGUUUUCAUUUAUAGUCCAGGAGAGAAAUGUGUGGGGAUCUCAGGGGAAAUGCUUUGUCCAGAAGCAGUGUGUUAGAUUCUGACAAAAUGUGUGAGGUAAUUUGUGUCUGCAUUUUUAUCCGUUAAAGGUUAUAAAACUUAUGGAAGUUUUGGGGGAUUUUACAGGUAUUUUGGUCUGUUUUGGUGGCAGUUUUGAUUGUUUCUAGGACAGACUUCUAGUGCUCCUAGAGAGCAAGAAUGGAAGUGUUUUGGGCAAUGUUGCUGCAGCGUAGGUUGUGAGGUGGGAAUGAGAUAAGAACACGCAAAAAUAAGGGUUUUUUUAGUUCAGUGGUUGAGAACCCCUCCGUAGCUUGUUACUGGGACAAGUCCUGAGUGGGAACACGUCCCUGCGCUGAUCGCAGCCGGCUCUCUGCCCUCCUCGGCUGCAUUUUGCUGCCCUUCGGGGUCCGCGAUUUUUCCGAGGCUCCCCCGGCCCCGCCGGCAGCGCUGCAAAUGGCGGCGGCGGCGGGACUACAACUCCCAGGAUGCUCCGCGCAGCGUCGCGCCGUGGCGCCAGCCCUGCGCCGGGGAGCCCGUGCAGCGCGGCUCCGGCGGGGAGCGGCCGGAGCCCCGGGACCGAGCGGGCCGGGACCGCGAGGGGCGAUGGCUCCGGACAGAGAGGCGCCUCCGGCCAAGCGGUUCAAGGCUGCUGGCCCCGGCACGCAGCCCCAGAGCGCCGCGCCGCCCGCACACGUGCAGCGGCGCUCCCUGCCCAUCUCCGGAGCCCGCGGGCCGCUGCUGGCCCGGCUCCGCCGCCUCGACACCGCCAUCCUCAUCGGAGAAACGGGCUCGGGGAAGACCACUCAGCUCCCCCAGUACCUGUACGAGGUGGGGAUUGGCCACCCUGGUGUCAUCGCUGUGACCCAGCCCCGGAGGGUGGCAGCUGUCACCCUGGCUGCCAGAGUUGCUGAGGAGAAGAGGACAGAGCUGGGGAAGCUGGUUGGCUACACGGUGCGCUUCGACGACUGCUCGUGUGCCGAGACCAGGAUCCGGUUCCUGACGGACGGCAUGCUGCUGCGCGAGGCCAUCGGGGACCCUCUGCUGCACAAGUACAGCGUGGCCAUCCUGGACGAGGCCCACGAGAGGACCAUCCACACCGAUGUGCUCUUUGGAGUGGUCAAAGCUGCUCAAAGGAAGCGAAAGGAGCGGGGCCUGCGGCCACUGAAAGUGAUUGUCAUGUCAGCCACGAUGGAUGUGGACCUGUUCUCCCAGUACUUCAAUGGAGCUCCUGUCAUCUAUCUGGAGGGCCGGCAGCAUCCCAUUGACAUCUUCUACACCAAGGAGAGGCAGAGUGACUACCUGCAGGCAGCACUGGUGUCCAUCUUCCAAAUCCACCAGGAAGCCCCUGCAUGCCAGGACAUCCUGGUGUUCCUGACUGGUCAGGAAGAAAUUGAAGCAAUGACCAAAACCUGUCGAGACGUUGCCCAGCAUCUCCCCGAGGGCUGCCCACGCAUGACAGUGCUGCCCCUUUAUGCUUCUCUGCCCCACUCCCAACAACUCCGUGCCUUUAAAUCUACCCCUGAGGGCUGUCGCAAAGUGAUCCUCUCCACUAACAUCGCAGAAACCUCCAUCACCAUUGCUGGCAUAAAAUUCGUUGUGGACACAGGCAUGGUCAAAGCCAAGAAGUACAGCCCUGAAACUGGUCUGGAGGUGCUGGCAGUGCAGCAGGUGUCCAAGGCCCAGGCUUGGCAGCGCACGGGCAGAGCAGGGAGACAGGACAGUGGCAUCUGCUACCGGCUCUACACUGAGGAGGACUUUGAGAAGUUUGAGGAAAUGACAACACCUGAGAUUCAGAGGUGUAACCUGGCCAGUGUGGUGCUUCAGCUCCUGGCCCUGAAAAUUCCCAAUGUGCUCACCUUUGACUUCAUGUCCAAACCAUCUCCUGAUGCUAUUCAAGCAGCAAUUGAUCAGCUGGACCUGCUGGGAGCUGUGACCCAAAAGGAAGAUCAGCUUGUCCUGACCCCCCUGGGAAAGAAAAUGGCAGCCUUUCCGCUGGACCCAAAGUUCUCCAAGGCCAUCCUCCUGUCGCCCAAGUUCCACUGUGCAGAGGAGAUCCUGACCAUCGUGGCACUGUUAUCAGUGGACAGUGUCCUCCACAACCCCCCUGCCCAGCGGGAUGAGGUGCAGGCUGUCAGGAAGAAAUUCAUCUCCAGUGAGGGGGAUCAUCUGACCCUGCUCAACGUGUACAGGGCCUACAAGAAUGUCAGCGGGCACAAGGGAUGGUGCAGAGAGAACUUUAUCAAUGGCAGGAACAUGAAGCUGAUGGCAGAAGUGAGAGCUCAGCUCAGGGACAUCUGUGUAAAGCUGUCGAUGCCCCUGGAGUCGUGCCGCGGGGACACGGGCAGCGUGCGGCGCUGCCUGGCGCACAGCCUGUUCAUGAACGCGGCCGAGCUGCGGCCGGACGGCUCCUACGGCACGCUGGACUCUCAGCAGGUGGUGGCCAUCCACCCCUCGUCGGUGCUGUUCCAGUGCAAGCCGGCCUGCGUGGUGUACACGGGGCUGCUGCGCACCAACCGCUGCUACAUGCGCGACCUGUGCCUGGUGGACGCCGAGUGGCUGCACGAGGCCGCGCCCGAGUACUUCCGCAGGAAGCUCCGCACGGCCAAGAGCUGACCCGUGGUCUCGGGAUCUCUGCUGCUCAGGAUGACCCCGAGAUGUGUUAAAAUCUCUUUUCCCAGCGUGGCAGUCGAAGGAGUCAGGACUCUUUGGCCGUAGUUUUCGAGGUUGUUUAUUUUUUCCUUACCUCUUACAUUCUUUCUCUGACCUGCUGAGGUGUGUUCAGCCGGUCAGUCCGAGGCACACUGCCUGUGCCCAGGCUCGUGUUACCUUUUAUACUAAAAACUACGUGUACUAUAUUUACAAUUAUUUUCCAAUACCUAUCACUAUGUUAGACAGUCAGUCUCUACUCCAAACCAAUCUAAAAGUGCCAGCAUCACCCAGAACAUGGAGGUUAGGAAGGAGAAAGAAAAAGGACAGGGAAUGCCCAAAUUCCUCCACCUUGGGACCCCAAACCUCCAUUCUAAAAUCCCAAAAUUCUACUUUUCACCCUGCGACUACUACUACUAUGCUACUUAAACUUUUGUGACUUGUAAUUCUUCAUACAAAGCUGGUAAUUUGCUCCAUGGGUCAAAAUCAACGUCACAGGUGCCUUUGGCUUCAUGCCAGGGGCUCAGAGCCCCCUGCCAGGGCCUCGAGCCAUCCAGGACAGUCAGAGGGAUGUCCCAGGUUCCAAUAACGUGGGACCAGCUGGCUCAGCUUCUCCUUGAAAGACUUAUAUAUUCAUUAAAUUUCUAAAAAAUAACCAAUUUUUUUAUAACCUUAAGGAACAGGAUGGGUUAUUUAUUUAGAUUGGAUUUAUAUGUUUUUUCCAGAAUAAAGAAGUGAUGGUGGAAAUCUGAAUCCUGCGUGUUGGUUUGUGAGGCACAGAACAAAUGAUUGUAUGACUAGUCCUGGUGUUUAUGGGUCUUGUGGGAGUGUGUUCAUUGUCAGCAGUCUGGGCUUAAAGAUGUGAAGGUAGCACAGUGAAUCUGUGCUUCUUGUGCAGAAUGGACUCUGCCGUUUAUAUGUGCAGUGCUCAGAUUCCUGUGGGGAAUUGGGAGUUAAAAUUCUGGUCCUUUGAUGGGGUGCUGUCCGUUUGAUGGGGUGGGACAGAUGCCCUCCUGCUCCUGCCUUGCAGUGAGCAGCAAGUGAGCCUUCUGUGCUUCUCUCCAUAGUGGGCACUAGUGCCAGCUUUUGGACAAAGGGAAGAAUUGGUGCCAGGAAAUGCUGUCUUAGUCACUCUUUCCUCCAAAAUACACAAAAAAGCCCCACACCGUUAAUUUUUUCUUUUUCAGAGGAGACUGCCACGCUGUGGUCUGAACAGUUGCAGUCCUAAUUCCGGGUGGGAUGUUGUCUGGGAUAAAAGCUGUGCACGUCUCCCACAUUCCUAA